AAUUGCGAAAGGACGAAAAAAUGCAAUUAAGCUGCCCCCAAUCUCCUGCCCUUAAACCCCAGGUCGGGGCAGGUAGCUCUCGCCGCCGUACACAUCAGCGUUUCCAACCAUUCCACUGUUUUUGCCACCGUCUGUCCUUAUUCUACCCUCCCCUCUUCAUUUUGAGGAAAAUUCUCAAGGUUUUUGGUAAAAUUCUGAUUGAAAAUAGUUUACUUGAAUGUCAAUUGAUGAUAAUCAUGCUUAGAACCAUCCAACGUGGGAUCAAGGUUAAAUUUUUGGCGAAAUUCUACCGAAGGUGGGCAGCCACAUUCACACAAGAAAGUAUGCUGGUCCCUUGAAGUGCCCGUGGUGAUCCAGGGUCUCACAGGUUAAAGAUGGCUUUCAAUUUGACCGAGAUUCACUAUUAGUUGCUGCGAAUUUGAAGGCAUUGUAUUUCAUUGCUAUUACAGUUAUCAGGAAUAAGGAAGCAAUCUUUGUCAUUUAAAUGGAGGCAGUUUCUCUAAACAGUGAACCAGUAUUCGAGGAUGGUGAUGAAUAUGAAGAUGAAGGAGAGUGCACCUUAGUGGAACACGAAAAUGAAAUUCAUGAAACACAGAAGCCAGCACUACCCACGGUGGGUUUGGAAUUCGUGUCAUUUGAUGAAGCUUAUGAUUUCUAUAACGUUUACGCUAAGGAACAAGGCUUUGGCAUAAGAGUGAGUAACUCAUGGUUCAGAUCAAAAAGGAAAGAGCGGUAUAGAGCAAAACUUAGCUGUAGCAAUGCUGGUUUCAAGAAAAAAAGCGAGGCAAAUCAUCCUCGACCUGAAACCAGGACCGGCUGUCCUGCAAUGGUAGUCAUUAAACUUGUGGACUCCAAAAGGUGGAGAAUUGUUGAAGUUGAACUUCAACACAAUCACCCAGUGAACCCAGAAAUAAAGCGUUUUUACAAGUCACAUAAGAAAAUGAUUCUUGCAGCAAAGCAAAUAAGUCAGUCGGAGCCUGUUACAGAAGUACAUACUAUUAAGUUAUACCGUACAGAUGUUGUUGAUGAUCCGGGUGACAGUUAUCCAGAAGUGAAUGAAAGAGAUUCCGGAAACCCUGUUAAUCUGUCGAAGCAUUUGGAGCUUAAAGACGGGGAUUCCCAUGCAGUGUAUAACUAUUUCUGUCGCAUGAAGUUGACAAAUCCAAACUUCUUUUAUUUGAUGGAUCUUGACGACGAAGGACACCUUAGAAAUGUGUUCUGGGCCGAUGCUAGGUCCAGAGCUGCUUAUAACUACUUCUCUGACAUAAUUGCGAUUGAUACGACAAGCCUGACAAACAAAUAUGAGAUCCCGCUCAUUUCUUUCAUGGGAGUGAAUCAUCACGGACAGUCUGUCUUACUAGGAUGCGGUUUCCUUGGACAUGAAUCAGUAGAGCACUUUGUUUGGAUGUUCAAGUCAUGGCUCACAUCUAUGCUAGGGAGGCAUCCACAGGUUAUCAUUACCGAUCAGUCCAAACCCUUGCAGACAGCAGUUUCUGAGGUUUUCCCUCAAGCUCGCCAUUGUUACUGUCUGUCCUAUAUCGUGCGGCGUGUUCCCGAGAAACUGGGAGGAUUGAAAGGAUAUGAGUUGAUUAAAAGGCAACUAAAUAAAGCAGUUUAUAGUUCCUUGAAAAUAGUUGAGUUUGAGAGUUACUGGAGAGAAAUGAUUGUCCAGCAUGGGCUCAAUGACAAUAAGUGGCUUCAGUUGUUGUACGAGGAUCGGCAUAAAUGGGUCCCAGUCUACUUGAAAGAUGUUUUUUCUGUUGGAAUGAUCCCCAUCAAAGAAAACGAGAGCCUUGGUGCGUUUUUCGAUGGUUAUGUGCAUAAACACACCACAUUUAAGGAAUUCGUCGACAGGUAUGAUCUUGCGUUGCAGAGAAAGCAUCUACAAGAAGCAAUGGCAGAUCACGAGUCCCGAAACUCAGUCUUCGAAUUGAAGACGAAGUGCAAUUUCGAAUUGCAGCUCUCGAAGGUGUACACAAAGGACGUAUUCAAGAAUUUCCAAACCGAAGUCGAAGGAAUGUUCUCUUGCUUCCACACGAGGCAAGUGAGCGUUAACGGGCCAAUAAUGACAUUUGUUGUGAAAGAACGAGUCGAAGUUGAAGGAGGCGUGAAGGAGGUGAGGCAGUACGAGGUUCUUUAUGAGACAACGCGGAUGGAAGUGCGUUGCAUAUGCAGUUUGUUCAAUUUCAAAGGUUACUUGUGCAGGCACGCGUUGAAUGUCCUCAAUUACAAUGGCGUGGAAGAAGUCCCGUCGCAGUAUAUCCUACCACGUUGGCAUCGAGAUUUUAAGCGUAAGUUUCCGGGUGAUUUCGGUUUGAGUGAUAUUGAUCUGGAUGACCCUGCAAAAUUGUGUACUAGCCUUUAUGGACGUGCCCUUCAAGUUGUUGAAGAAGGGGCACAAUCACAAGAACAUUACCAGGCUGUUUUGCAGGAACUGGAAACUUUAUUGAACAAGUUUUCGGUUGUACAAGACAAUUUGGUCUGACUAUCACAACUGAUGUAUUCUAACACUAAAAAGGUGACAACUUUGUAUAUAAUGUGUAUAUAUAUGUUUUGAUGUGCAGCAUAGGCUGAUUGGGAUUUAGAAUGUUAACUGGAUUAGUAGUUUAAACUGCAAAACCUUAUUUGGGAGCUUUGAAUUUCUUAAUUUUGAAAAGAGUUAAUUUUAGGAA